AUGAUAUUCACCGGCGGGGGGGCGCGUCGACGCACCUCGCCCGCGCCGCGCUCGCGCCCUCCCGCUUACCAGCGUUUACAUGCUGAAAAUGGGCGCCACAUUAGUAAACAAAAUGUAAAUAAACAAAGUUCAAAUAACAACCCACUUUGUAAUUUUGGCGAUGUGUCGAGACAACGUUUCGACAGACGAGCAAUGUCUACUUGGUUACGGUGGCUGCCGGGCGUGGGUGGCGGGCGCGGACGCGAACGAGGCGACGGCGAGCCUGAGGUGCGACGCUCCCGCGCCAAGCGCAUUACUCAGCGAAGAGGCGCUAUCAAACAACAUAAGAUUCAUGAAGUUAAUGGACAUCGCUUCGUAGCAAAAUUUUUUCGGCAGCCGACAUUUUGUGCCUUCUGUAAGGAGUUCUUAUGGGGUUUUGGAAAGCAAGGCUACCGAUGCGUCGUUUGUCAAACGGCGGUUCAUAAAAGAUGUCAUAGCAAGUUGUUGGGAAAAUGUCCUGGUUCCACCGCAUAUUCGGAUGCCACUGAGUACCUUCGAGAACGGUUCAAAGUUGACGUUCCGCAUCGCUUUCGUCCACAUCAGUUUAUGUCUCCAACAUUUUGCGACCACUGCGGAGGACUCUUAUACGGUUUCUUCAAGCAAGGAUUAAAAUGUGAAGAC